AUGCGAGUGGACCCGCAAUGUGUGCGAUGUGGAAUGGGAGAUGAGACAAUAAAUCAUAUGCUCUUCGAGUGCCCCCCGGCUCGCCAGGCUUGGGCCCUCUCACCCAUUCUAACGCAUCCCCAGUUCUUCCCUACAGGUGCACUUUUCUCAAAUAUGGCUCAUCUAUUCUGGAAUCUCCCAGACAAUGAUGAUAUGUUGAUGUUUCCAUGGUUGCUCUGGCCCGUCCUGUUGGGCGAGUGGUGUCAGAUUGAUGGUGCAUGGAAAGCAACGGAGCCUCAGGCAGGACUUGGGUGGUAUUAUUUUGAUCCGGAAUCGGGCUCAAUAUUGGUGGGAUCCAGCAAUAUUAGGCGGGGUUUAUCUCCCCUACAGACGGAAUUGGAGGCUUUAGUUUGGGCUAUGCAAAGUAUGUUAGCCCAUAACAAACAACGGAUGAAUUUCCAAACAGACUGUGCUCAGUUGGUGAAGAUGGUGUCCAAACCGGCAGAGUGGCCAGCUUUUGAGAUUUUGCUUGAAGAAAUGGAGAAAUGCAGAAGAAUGUUCCAGGCGUUCUCCCUUACACACAUCCCCAGAUCACAAAACACGAAGGCAGACAAGUUAGCACGGAGUGCUCGAGAUCAGCCUCAUAAUGUGUACUACAUCAACUCAAUUCCACCGGCUCGCUCGUGCUCCCGUGCCGUUGUAGGAAUUUAG